GUUUUUUUCUGUUGGGCCCCGUAACGCUGCUGGGUUCUGUGAAUCUGCACCUUGGGUCGGCUGCCGCCCGGCAAGGAGGGCAGUCGUUUUCCGCCCCCGGACUAACGAGAUCAUCCCUGCUUUGUGCUGGGACUGACCGCCUUCAUCUCCCGGUCUCUCCUUUGGGGCUAACCGCCUUAGAGCCUCCUCCGAGCGGCGGCGGCUUCGGGACUUGGCCCGUGGCAACUAGGGGCCCACCCCCGCUCCAGGCUCGGAUGGGAGGCGGAGGGAGGAGCGGCCUGGGAUGUUCAGUCUGAUGGCCGGUUGCUGCAGCUGGUUCAAGCGGCGGCAGGAGCCUGUCAGAAAGGUGACUCUUGUGAUGGUGGGACUUGAUAAUGCUGGGAAAACGGCAACGGCAAAGGGAAUCCAAGGAGAGUAUCCUGAAGACGUAGCUCCUACUGUUGGAUUUUCCAAAAUUGACCUCAGACAAGGAAAGUUUGAAAUCACCAUCUUUGACUUGGGAGGUGGAAAAAGAAUUCGGGGAAUCUGGAAGAAUUACUAUGCUGAGUCCUAUGGGGUAAUAUUUGUUGUGGAUUCCAGUGAUGAAGAGAGAAUGGAAGAGACAAAAGAGACCAUGUCAGAAGUGCUAAGACAUCCUAGGAUAUCAGGGAAGCCUAUAUUGGUGUUGGCAAAUAAACAAGACAAGGAAGGGGCUUUAGGAGAAGCUGAUGUGAUUGAAUGUCUAUCUCUGGAAAAAUUGGUCAAUGAGCACAAGUGCCUGUGUCAAAUAGAACCUUGUUCAGCAAUCUUGGGAUCUGGAAAGAAAAUAGACAAAUCCAUUAAAAAAGGCCUUUAUUGGCUGCUACAUAUCAUUGCAAGAGACUUUGAUGCCUUAAAUGAACGCAUCCAAAAAGAUACAACAGAACAACGUGCUCUUGAGGAACAAGAGAAACGAGAAAGGGCUGAACGAGUACGAAAAUUACGGGAAGAAAGAGAACAAAGAGAGCGAGAGCAGGCUGAACUCGAUGGAACCAGUGGUCUGGCUGAGGUGGACCCAGAACCAAUUAUUGUUAAUCCUUUCCAGCCGAUAGCAACUGUAAUCAUCGAGAAUGAAAAAAAACUUGAAAAAGAGAAAAAGAGGCAAAAUAUGGAGAAAGACAGUGAUGACUACCCACUGAAACAUAAAAUGGAGCAUGAGCACAUAGAGACCAAGAGCCAGAUCAGUGACAGUAGCCAAAAAAACAAUGAGUUUGGAAUAGUAGAAAAUUAUAAGGAGGCAUUAACACAGCAGUUGGAGAAUGAAGAUGAGACAGACCAGCCAUCAUCAGAAUCAGAUAACAGUAAAAAGAAAACUAAGAAAUUAAGAAUAAAAAGGAGUCACCGUGUAGAACCUGUCAAUACAGAUGACUCUGCUCCUAAGAGCCCCCCACCACCCCCACCUCCUCCUCCUGUUGGCUGGGGAACCCCCAAAGUCACUAGACUUCCAAAACUUGAGCUUCUUGGUGAAACACGUCAUAAUGAUUUCUAUGGCAAGCCGCUGCCUCCCCUGGCUGUGCGACAGAGACCUAACAGUGAUGUUCAUGACAUGAUCUCAUAACCAAAUCACGUGGAUGAGCUCUCUUAAUGGCAAGAUGAACUGGAGGGAGGACCAUCUUUCGCAAAGAACUAAAACCCUGACUUUUGAUAACUGGGGCAAGACAACCAUAGGGGUUUCAGUGAAAAAAUUAAUAGCCAAAAAUUAAUCUGACUGAUUACUUAUCCGUGUUCUUCAUGUGUUUUUUUGGUUUGUAUUUUUUGUUUGUUUGUUUUUUUAAAAAAAGGAAGCAAAACGACCAGAAGAUGGGAUGAGCAUUUGAACCAAGUUAGUAAGAGUUAGUAUUGGCUCUGGUUUAUACAUCCUCACUUAUGGGCAUAUUCCGGAAGGAAAACCUUUCAGAAAAAGAGCCAAUGGACUCUGCACACUUUCAUUACUAUUUAAUAGUCUUUAUUUCUGUAUCUUAAACAGUUUUUUGUAAGAUACAUAUGCAUGGAAGGGGAACUCUUGGGAAUUUAUAACUUAAAUUUUUAACAUUUUAUAUUUUUCUAAAGCUUUUGUUUAAGAAUUUUGAUUACUAUGAUAUUGACUGUAUACUUUUCUAUAGAUGCUUUGUUUAAAUUGUGUCUGGAAAAUGGAGUUGAUUUACUGGACAAACAUUAACUAUACAAAUAGGACAUAUUUAUAUGGUUUGAGGUAUAUUUUAUAGUAGUAUUGUUCUUGAAAUGUACAUCCUAAUUUGACCUAAUUUUAAACUAUACAAACAGGAUAUAUUUAUAUCUUGAGGUAUGUUUUGUAAUACUAUUGUUCAUGACGUGUAUAUCCUAAUUUGAUCUAAUUAUAAAAUAAUACUUUUUAAAAAUAGAUUUCACAUCUUAAUUCUAACAAAUGACAUUAUUUGAAAGCACUACCCAAGGAGAGAGUUCAACUUUUUUCUGCUGUUUGAUUUCUUUGGUGAUGAUCCUAGUAAAUGAAUGAGACUUGGAAUACCUUCUUGACCAAAAUGCUUUGUAAAUUCGUAAAAAUGUUAGGUGAGAUAUUAUUAAAAGUCCUAAUAAACACCUCUUUUAAAGUUUAAACCCAUUCAGAGAUCAAGGUGCUCCUUAUCAUUCCCUGGUUCUACCAGCAGCUGCAGAGACUCUUAGGUCAUUGUAAUUCUUUAAUGCCUGGAUACUAAAGGCAAGAAGACUGGAAAAGCUACUAUAGGUCCAGAGACUUGUGUUUUAUAACAGGAAAAUGUUUGAGUAGUAAACCAAUAAGAACAAAAAUGGAGGUUUAAAAUUACUUUCAUAACGAAAUAAUUCCAAAAUAAUUUCUCAAUUUAAAAUAAUAGCAUUUCUCUUGCACUGCAGAAUGGCAGGCAUUUUGUAAGAGUCUCUAAUCAUCUGGCAUUUAGACAAACUUUUAGAGGUAUAUUUUGAGUAAUGCAUUCAGAAUGUUGCAUUUAAUUGAAAGCAUACAUUUAUGUCAAGGUGGAAAUACUAUAAACGGUAUGAUUCCUAUAUCACCUUGUUAAAGUUGAUCAGUUUGGUAGCUUGUACUGACAACAGACAUAUAUUGGUAUCUGACAGUAACAUGAUUAAGUAUGUCUGAGGCCGUUUAAUAUGCUUAUUUACUUUUUUUUCUAAAGUGCAUCACAUUUUAUUCACAUUUUUUAAUUCACUGAACUUUCAUUAAUCAGGUCACUUAUUCUUUUUUUUUUUUUUCAGGUCACUUAUUCUAGUCAGAAUCAUAUGUAGUUUUUUUGUGUUUUGUAUGGGGACCUACUUAGCACACUGAGUAAAAAGCAUUCUACUUCAGAUAUAAAAUUCAUAACAACCUAAAUUUGACAGGUGGCUGAAAUGUAAGGAAAAUCAACACAAGGAAACAGAUGUAGAUUUUGAACUGGAUUUUAGAGGAACAAAACAAACGUGUUUGCACAUAUUUUGGUUUCUUUUGUGAAGAAACCAAAACCUUUACAUUUAUUUAUUUUUAAAAACACUAAACUCAUAUUUUGCCAUCUUUUUAAUAUUCAUCUAGUUUGAGAAUAUGUAUGUUUUUAACAUUUUUGUUUCCUACCAGUGAUUACUGUACAGUAAUUACUGAGUCCACUUAAGAAAAUAAAAGUGGUUUUUGAAAUUAAAUAUAUUAUAAAGUGGAAUUAAUGUUUUAUAUAUCUCAAAAGUUAAUUUGUAUUCUUAAAGCAUUCUAACAAUAUUUUACAAGUUUUGUAA